AUGAAACAGAGUGUGCACAUGCCCGGUGUCGAUCCUAGAUCGUUCCGCUGCUGUCUAUGUUGCCAUGUCAAGACAGGGACCCUGAUUUAUGGCGUGUUUAUUGCGUUUGCCCACAUUAUUUUGUUGGGUUUGCUUGUCUUUGCUGCAAUCCACCCGGAUGUUCUCAUGCCACAAAACCAACCUCAUUAUGAUGGAAUUGUUGUGCAGACAGAAAGUGGCAACAUCUUUCAGACUUUUGAGCAGCCUGCCAGGCAGCACAUCACCAAAGACAACCUGUGUGUGAUGUUUGGGAUUUCUCUGGUCUGCUUUGUAUCAACCUUGGCUCUCAUUUAUGGAAUUGCAAGAAACCUGGCCAGCUACCUGAUGCCCUUCUUCUGCCUGCAAGUGUUUGACUUCUGCCUUAGCUGUCUAACAGUGGUUGGCUGCUUCACUUAUGCUCCCAAUAUUAAACAGUGGAUUCAUGACCAGAACCUGGAAAACUAUCCUGGAGUUGACCAUCUAAUGACUCUGGAUUCUGACUAUCUGAUGCUGCUGUUUGUGACCCUGCUGAUCCUUGUUUUGUCAGUCAAGGCUUAUCUGAUGGGGAUGGUGUGGUCCUGCUACAAAUACAUCCAGAUGCACGUGGCUUCCCGUAGUGUUGUGAGGGAGUACUCUGUCGAUCCUGACUCCGAGAUGCUUCUCCCUCCAAAGUAUGAAGAUGCAGUAAAGAUUCCAGGCAACUACCCCCAGCCUCCUGUCUACAGCAUGGAAUAG